AUGUGUGACGUGCCUUUCUUCCCAAUUUUCCCCAUUUGCUUCCAAUGUGGCACGGAUCAGAACCCAUGCCACUGUAAGGUCGUCGGGCCGACCCUUGGUAUUCUGCUGGCCUCUCUCUAUCUUCUGUGGAUGUGGUUGCACCAAGACAGGCAAGGAGUAUGUUCCGCCCAUAUGCUGGCGUAUCCCGUCAAACUAAACGGCCAAGUCAGCAAUGCCAUUCCGUUUUGA